CAACUUAACGGUAUAAGAAAAAAAUUAAAAUAAAAAAAUUUCCACCUUCCACCACUAAUCACAUAAUAAUUUAAUUAAUCUUCUUCUUCUUCCAUUUAUAACCUAAAAAAUUUAGACAAAAAUAAAUAUAUUCUCUCUUUCUCUUCCAUCAAGCAAAGCUCUUCAAAAAGAAUCAAACUUUCACUUAUUUUUUUUCGAAAAAAGAGUCUUUUUGUUUUCUCGAGAUCUGUUCACAGAGAGAGAUAAAGAAUGGGUUUUUAUGAAGGAGCCUCUGUCCAUCCAAAAAACCCAGAAAACACAAACUCAGUGAAUAUUCCGAUUCUCACUUCUUCAUCAUCAUCACCAGAUCUUGACGGAGAUAACAAUGACAACAACAAAGGAAUCAAAACCCUUUUGAAAAAAAUGAUUUUUGAUUUGGGUUUCGCUUGUUUUCUUCCUCCUUUAGCUGAAAACUCCGGCAACAACAAUGGAGGUGCCGGCGGAGGAAGCGGAGGAGGAGAGAAUAACAAAGCUUGGCUUUUGGCGGAAACAGCACCGGAGAAUAUGAAUCCUGAUCCUCAUUCAGUUCAUUCAUCGUUUAGAUUCAGUCUUUGUUCACAGAUUGAGCUUGAGAAAAUGAAAGGUGAAGAACCGUCUUUGUCUGCUUCGUCUUCUUGUCGGAAUUUGUCGGUUUCUGGUGGUUCCACGACGGUUUUGAUGGUGAAUUUGGAGAAUGGUGUUAAGGAGACUACUGAUGAUUUGCGGUGGACGAGAGCUAGGUCGCUUGAGAAGAGUAUUUCUCCGGUGGCUAAUACUUUGGUACGGUUUAGCUACGGUGAAAUUGUGGCAGCUACUCGUAAUUUCUCUAAAGGAAGAGUGUUGGGAAGAGGAGCUUGUAGUUAUGUGUUCAGAGGCAAAAUCGGAAUGUGGCGAACCACUUUGGCGAUCAAGAGACUUGAUAAGGAAGACAAAGAAUCUCCAAAAUCUUUUUGUAGAGAGUUGAUGAUUGCAAGCUCUCUUCAUAGUUUCAACAUUGUGCCUCUUCUUGGCUUUUGUAUUGAUCCUGAAGAAGGUUUAUUCUUGGUUUACAAGUAUGUCUCUGGUGGUAGUCUCGAACAUUAUUUACACGAUAAGAAGAAGAAGAAAGGUGUGAAAGCGGCUUUUGGUUUACCUUGGUCAGCAAGGUACAAGGUUGCGUUAGGCAUUGCAGAUGCCAUCGCCUAUUUGCAUAAUGGAACAGAGCAAUGUGUUGUUCACAGAGAUAUCAAACCCUCCAAUAUUCUUCUUUCCUCAAAGAAAAUACCAAAGUUGUGUGAUUUCGGGUUAGCUACUUGGACCGCUGCGCCUUCUAUUCCUUUCCUCUGCAAGACCGUAAAAGGCACAUUCGGCUAUCUGGCUCCAGAGUAUUUCCAGCAUGGUAAAAUAUCUGACAAGACUGAUGUUUACGCCUUUGGGGUUGUGUUGCUUGAGCUAAUAACUGGCCGGAAACCAAUCGAAGCAAGAAGAGCAUCUGGUCAAGAAAACUUGGUUGUUUGGGCGAAACCGUUGUUGCAUAGAGGGAUGGAAGCUAUAGUGGAGCUGCUCGAUCCAAGGCUAAAAUGUACAAGAAAAAACUCGGUUCAAAUGGAGCGGAUGAUCCGCGCUGCAGCGGCAUGUGUGAUCAAUGAGGAGUCCCGAAGACCCGGUAUGGAAGAGAUUGUCUCAAUCUUGAAAAGCGAAGAAGGAUUAGAGCCAAAAACACACUCAAGCAGGAAAAAUACAAAUAUUUCGGGUAUGAUUGACUCGUAUACACAAUUGCAACAAACCAAAUCCGAGAUGAAAUGUCAUCUUGAUCUUGCGAUGCUCGGAGUAACCGAGUUUGAAGACGAUGAUCAUGUGUACGGCCGAUGAAAGAUCCCAAUAAAUGGAUUAAAAAGUGUGUAAAUAGGUAUUUAUGAAAAGUUUGAAACAGAGUUCUUAGUUUCUGAAUCAGUGUUUGGUUGGUGUGUGUACAUUGGUUUCGGUUUUUUUUUUUGUUUAUUCCACUAUGGAGAAAACCGGUUUAGGUUUUUAUAUUUCCGGUUUGGUUAUGGAGACAAAGCCGACUCUCCGGUUUCGUUUUCCGUUUUCAAUAUUUUUGGGCUUUUUUGAGAAAUCCAUUAAAAAGAGGGUUGGAAUUGUUAUUUAUUUGAUUAACUAAAGGAAAGUGUGUUGUUAUGA